CGGGCGUUCUUUCCGGGGGGUUAUGGGAGGGCUCUGGUGGCCGGGAUGGAGGUUGGUGGCUUCGUGUGGCCGGGGCUGGAGGCAGCCCGGGGCGUCAGGGCGGACUGUGGUGAACGCAGAGCGGGUGCUUAGGCCCGGGUGGGAUGGGCUCGGAGGCGCGGAGCGGGGACUGAGACGCCUCGGGACCUGGAGGCGCCCGAGCGGGGUCCGGGGACCCGCGGUGCAGCCACCAAGGCGACCGAGGAGCAGCAACCCUUUCCAGCGCGCGCAGGAGGACGAGUGGCGGCGGCGGAACAAGACGGUGCUCACGUACGUGGCCGCGGCCGCCGUGGGCAUGCUGGGGGCCUCCUACGCCGCGGUGCCCCUCUAUCGACUCUACUGCCAGACUACUGGACUUGGAGGAUCAGCAGUGGCCGGGCACUCAUCAGACCAGAUCGAAAACAUGGUGCCUGUUAAGGAUCGGAUCAUUAAGGUCACCUUCAAUGCUGAUGUUCAUGCCAGUCUCCAGUGGAACUUCAGACCUCAGCAAACAGAGAUUUAUGUGGUACCAGGAGAGACUGCACUGGCAUUUUAUAAAGCUAAGAAUCCUACUGACAAACCAGUAAUUGGAAUUUCUACAUAUAAUGUUGUACCGUUUGAAGCUGGGCAAUAUUUCAAUAAAAUACAGUGCUUCUGUUUUGAAGAACAAAGGCUUAAUCCACAAGAAGAAGUAGAUAUGCCAGUGUUUUUCUACAUUGAUCCUGAAUUUGCAGAAGAUCCAAGAAUGGUGAAUGUCGAUCUCAUCACUCUUUCGUACACUUUUUUUGAAGCGAAGGAAGGGCACAAGUUGCCAGUUCCAGGCUAUAAUUGAAGUAGCUCCCAAGGCCUGCUUCAGAUUUGUGAUUUUUGGAAAAUCAUGUAUUGCUUUCUCAGAAGAGAAAUACUCUAAUGUAUUUUAAAGCCUUGUAUUUUAAAUGGUUUUACCUUUCUUUCUUUACACCUUCAUUUAUUCCACUUAAGACUGAAAGAACAAGUUCAAAACUCAGUCUGCGGUGAAACGCUGCUGCUCUCCUGUGAUGGUGCAUAAGGGGAGGAAACAGGCACAGCUCUGUUUUAAUAGAAUAUGAAUGUUCAUAUUCCAAGCCUGAAGAAUAUAUGACUGCCCAAGUGUGACUAUUAAAAACUGCGUCGUGGGCCAAGGAGAUUAAUCAGUGGGUUAAUGUGUUUGCCACAUAGGCCUGACAACUUGAUUUCUGUUCUGGAACGAGCCUUAAAAGAGUCAAUACAGUAGCUUCCACUUGUAAUCCCAGAGUUCUUAUAGUGAGCUAGGAGGUAGAGCCAGGAGAAUCAUCUUGCCUGUAUAUGCAUGCUCUGGCUGCCCACACACAGAUAAAAACUUCUGUAAUAGUUCAGUUUAACUCAUCCUGAAGUAUUAGCCCUUCACAUCUAUAAUAAUGUAUCAGAAAACUUCAAAAAAGAAACUAUAUGCAACUGUUUUUUUGUUUGUUUUGUUUUGUUUUUUUCAAGAUAGGGUUUCUCUGUAUA